AUGCGCCCUGCAAUCGGCAUGCCUAUCAUGAUAAUAAGUCUGGUGCUGACUAUGCUAGCUCUUAUAGCUGGCAAAAGCCCUGGCUUCAUGGAGGAUUACCACAUUCUUUUGCUGAACACCUCCAUGCUGGAUCAAAACCUUCUUACGGCACAGACGAGCAGAGAGCUAGAUCCUUCACCCACAUCUUGUGAGUCUCUUGGCGGGACUCUAGGCAAUCUUUGCGCUAGCGCGACCGCAGCGUUAGAGUCGUCCGUCAGCUCCGACCUUGCGGAGCUUCCAAGCAUUGAAGACGAUAUUGCCGACAAGCUCGCGAAGGAGUUAGGGAUCAAGCAGUGGUAUUCUCUCCAUGUUAUGAACAUCUGCCAGGGCACUUUCACCCCGAACGUUACGACUCUCAGGGUUGGAUACAAUGUGAGCAGUUGUACGCAGCCUCUGAAUACUACCCUCCUCAAUAUUUCGACGCUCCUUGAUCACCAGCUAAAGAUGGGUCCUCUACAUCUGAACUUAAACAAGCUUGGCUUCACACAAGACUUCCAGGAUCAGCUAAACAAGAUUCCCGGGUUGUUCCAAGCUCUGACAGGCCUCUAUAUUUUGGCUAUUGCCUUUUCGGUCCUCUCUCUUCUUCUCUGUAUCUGGUGGCUCUAUCGACCUAUCUAUUGCAUGUCCUGA